AUGGUUUACAUUGCAUCUGUUUAUGGAGAAUGGGUGAGAAAGGACAAUUUGUCUUGGCAUUUUGAGGUUGAUUAUCGGAAAGGAGGUAGAAUGUUCUCGUUGAGGGAUGGUUGUACACAUGAUGAGCUUAUUCAAAUGGCUUUAGAUGAUUAUUCGGUGAUCAAGAUCGGACACCGUAUGGAAUUAUCAUAUCCAUUACCAGAAGCGUUCAGCAAAUGCGUAUUGAUUCUCCGCCCAUGUUUGUCACAAACGACAUACAAGUCUGAAAGCUUGAUCGAGCUAAGUAGAACUCAUGUUCUACGACUUUGUGUCUCUAGCAAAGGAAAGGAUGAAGACAACGUAGAUGGACCUUUGCAUGAAGAAUUGGAUGAAGAUUACUAUAAUAUGUUUUUUUUUUAA